AUGGCAUAUCGUCACAGUCGGCUAAUGUUCUUAGGCGAUGAGGAUGGCUUCCCUGCACCGCAAGACGAUUUAAACAUACCGCAAAACGCGAAUGCUUUACUUCAACUGUUGUGUGUUGCGUACACAGAUGCGUACGAAAAGGGAAACCCCGUAGUGUUGGCGCUGAAACAAGAACAGGUAUUGCUAGGCAGGAAAAUCGAGGCUGUUGAGAAAAAGCGCUAUGGCAACUGCAUCAUAUAUGAUGAUUCGAGAGGAGACUGCCAGGCUGUGAUCGAGCAAACCGUGGAAACGGCUCAAGAGAAGUCAAUGCUACAGAUGUUUGGCGAAGCACGCCUCUUUUACUUCCCAACACCCAUUCCAGCAAUGUGGACAAAGCUACGCAGCAACGUCACAUUAAACGUCGACCAAGCCUCCAAAGUUAUGGACGAGUACGAUCCCGACAAGGAAAUGAGGAGACUAAUACAGAAGGAAACUGGUAUCAAAAAAUGA